AUGUCCACACUUUUGAAUCUCAUUCUCUUAAUCACCUCAAUAUUUGCUUCUUCUUUUGCUGGAAACUUCAACAAAGAUUUCGAAGUCUCGUGGGGCGAUGAUCGCGUAAAAGUACUCAAAAACGGCAAGCUACUUACUCUGUCCCUCGACCGGACCUCUGGCUCGGGCAUCCAGUCCAAACAAGAGUACUUAUUUGGAAAAUUCGAAAUGCAGCUUAAGCUCGUCCAAGGAAACUCGGCUGGCACAGUAACCGCUUACUAUUUAUCUUCUCAAGGCUCAGGACAUGAUGAGAUAGACUUUGAAUUCUUGGGUAAUUUGAGUGGGGAUCCUUACAUUGUACACACAAAUGUUUACAUACAAGGAAAAGGUGAAAGAGAACAGCAAUUCUAUAUGUGGUUUGAUCCAACUGCUGAUUUCCACAAUUAUUCUGUUAUUUGGAACCCACAUACCAUAAUUUUUUACGUGGAUGGUACGCCAAUCAGAGUAUUCAAGAACCUUGAAUCCAAAGGAAUUCCAUUCCCAAAAGAUCAACCAAUGAGAGUGUAUUCAAGCCUGUGGAAUGCAGAUGAUUGGGCCACAAGAGGUGGGCUCAUCAAAAUAGACUGGGCUCAAGCACCAUUCACCGCUAGCCUACGCAACUUUCAGGCCCAUGCAUGUGUUCUGAAAUCUACAAAAUCUUCAUGCAGCCCAUCUGGACCCAGCAGUAACAGUAGUACAAGUCCUUGGUUUUCUCAAGAACUUGAUUCAGCAAGUGAAGCCAGGCUUAAAUGGGUGCAACAAAAUUACAUGGUUUACAAUUAUUGUGCCGAUACAAAGCGUUUUGCCCAAGGCCUUCCUCUUGAAUGUACUGUUGGUAAUACCACUGGUUAA